UUUCAACUCUAGUAGCUAGCUGUCUGAGAAUAUUUAGAAGCUUGGCUAUUUUUUGUUCUGAAAACAUUGACAGCGAUUAUUUUUUUUCCAUUUUGCGACAAGCACUCUGGCAUCCAGUUUGAGAUCCUCUCAUUUUGAAGACUGCCAUUGUAUCCCUUUGAAAAUGAGUCCAACCGACGCAAAAAGGGGAGCUAAACGCAGGAAGAACAAGCGGGGCGGUGGCAGCAGUAGUUGCACCAGCAGUAUCUGCAGUAUCGCAAGUAAUAUCCAGGCCGGGAGCCCAACCACGGCCCCGACUUGUCUACCAAGAGUACCAGCCGCCCCUGUGACUGGAUUUUUAACAUCUGGAGGCACAGGGAAUGGUGAUGUCGGGGGACUCGCAAGUCUAAAAGGAGAGGUUCCUCUUAACGGGACACCACAGUUUUCGGUGAACGCAGAUUUCACAGGAUUCCUUCAGUCACAGACACCGUUCACCUUCGGCCUGAACCAGAGGGCCCCCAAUACCACCGGCGACCGCUGCCUGCUAUGCCGUAGAGAGCGUAAGGACAGCACUCCCCUGGAAACAGGGGUGGUGGGGCAGAACACCACUUCUCAGCCCUUCAAAGCACCCAGUGACCUGCAGCUGCCUGUAUGGGUGUGCCCAGACUGUAGACGCACCGUCGAGAAGGACGAAUCGCAACCUCACGCUGCUAUGGAGGAGUCGCUGGUGGACUUCCUCUUGCAGGUGCCAGUGGGUAUCGGUGGGCUUGCCCAGAAUCCGACGGGGCCAGGCGGGCGAUUAUUAGGGAGUGGCGGCGCCCCCAGUCUGUCUGGCCCGGAACCUUCCCCACCGCUGCCCUCUGACUCCAUGUGCAGCUGCGAGGCAUGCAACGAGAGGAGAGAGAUAACUGCAGAGUCGGAACAGGAGUCACAGCAGCUGCAGAACCACUGGUCCGAGGUGCGCUACCUGGUCCGGUGUAUCUAUCGUCAGACCAGCACACCACUAGCAGACGAUCAGGACCACGCACUGGACCACGACAAGGAGAGCAUGAAGGCACUGGUUGAUCGGCUUUGUGAGAAGGACCCCUACCAGUUGUACCAACGGCUGGAGCAGCAGGCGCGCGAGUACGUGCUUGAGAUGAAGAUCCGCCUCCUCAAGCACCUGGCCGCCGGCUCCAAGGUGGUGCCCGACGUGGCUCUGCAGAGCCCUCCGCAGGCCCACCACUUCAUCACCCUGCUGCUGGAGGAGUACAGCGCCCUCUGCCAGGCCGCCCGCACCAUCAGCUGCUUCCUGCUCACCCUGGAGAACGAGUACCUACAGAAGUUCCAGGUGACAUGGGAGCUGCAUAACAAGCACCUUUUUGAAAACCUGGUGUUUUCAGAACCCAGUCUGCGCAGCCGCUUACCUGCUCUGAUCGAAAAGCUCAGGCAGGGCACGACGUCCCAUGACUCCUACAGUGAAGAUGUGUAUGGCAAGCUGCUAGAGCGUUAUCAGCUGCUUGACCAGGAGAUGAGUGUUGUUGCUGUGGAGUGGCUCGAGUGCGAGAGGAGGAUCGACAACUAUGUUGAUGAACAGGUGUCGUUGACAAAAGAGCAGCGUGAUCUAAAAAAAGACAGGGAGUUCUUCCUCCAGCAGAUCAAGUUCAUGGAGGAGCAGGUGGCCUUAAGAGAAGAGCAGCGGAAACUCAAGGAAGAGUUCUUCUUCAAACAGAAGAAAUUUCUAGAGGACCAGGUAGAAAAGGGUAGAAAUGCUGCUGCGGGGGACAAUAACUUCACAGACACAGUGAGGCAGAUGCUCUCUUCUCGACGGAGCUUACCAGAUUGCCCUAACUGUAACUACCGCAGGCGGUGCACAUGUGACGACUGCAGCCUCUCUCACAUUCUGACGUGUGGCAUCACUGAUGCGCCCACGGCAGAGAAGUUACACUUGAAGCUACCUUCCCAGGCGGAGCCUCCACAAAACUACCUGUCACAGGUGCACCCCCCUAGCGUGUCAUCCGGCAGCUCCGGCUCCGGCUCUGGCUCCAGCUCACCAAUCACCAUCCAGCACCUGCUACUGCCUCAGGACACGCAGGCCACCUUCGGCAGUGAUGACGACGAAGUGCCUCUGCUGUCGGCGAAGUUUGUGGACAUCUACUCCAUGAGCCCCUACAGCAACUCUGCAGUGGUGGCCGUCAUCAACGGCGUCCACAGCGACGUCAACGGCGGCGGAGGAGGAGACAACAAUAUGGUACACAAGAACGAGUCACCUGGGGGGAGCAGCAGUAGUAGCUCCUCAGAGGGUGAUGAUGGGGAAGUCGCAGGAGAGCAUCCGGACCAGCAGGACGAACACUCCUCGCUGAAGGAGGACAGCCCACCUCCCUCUUAUCCACACACACGGGUGGAGCCAAUGCAGCAUCCCUGUGAGUGUCACGUGUGCAACCAGGGCAACAUGGAGCCUACUACUCUGUUGCCUGGCAACAACAGGCUACAUGCCAGUCAGCAACAGCAGCAGCAGCAGCAGUUCUUCACAGACAAAACACCUCCGCACCCUGGGCUCCACCUCUACCCCCAUAUACAUGGCCACCUGCCCUUACACAGUCUGCCUCAUCUGCCACGACCACUGCUGCACCCCACCCUGUAUCCCAGCCCGCCCCUUUCACACAACAAGACACUGCCCCCAGCCCCCUCAUCUAACCACGCGGGAGGUAAGCCACAGGUCUUUGGCCCCAACCUUUACUCCAACUACUUCAGUGGCCCUGGCGACUGGAACGGGCCACUUAGCUGCCCCUCACUUACGUUUGAGAACAUUUGGGACACUCAAGUGAUCAAGAACUGGAACCCUUCCGUGCUGCUUCCCGACACACUGUCUGGCAACAUGCUGACUCCGCCCCUGUCCGACAUACCCCUGCGAUCAACAACCAAUGAGCUCACUGCCGCUGCUGUGCCUGCCCCAGUUCUCGCUGCUGAGGGCAGUGAAAGGAAGAAUGGCGCGAAGAAAAAGUGUCUCCACAAUUUCCAAGAUGCCUUCUUGGAGACCAAACAAGUGGUGAUGGCCACCUCAUCUGCCACCUCCUCGGUCUCCUGUACCGCAACCACUGUCCAAUCAAGUAAUAAUUUCCUCGAAGUUGCAUCUAAGAGACCCACCUCCCUAGGUGAAGUGUAUCACCAUGUCGGUCAUGAGGAUCACAGACAUCCCACGCCUCUCACACCACAGAACAGCCCCACAGGCCAGCCCACCCUCAGCAGUGCUGCUCUCUCUGUGCCUCCUACCCCACAUCUGCCCAGCAUGGCCUCGCAGCCCUUCCCCAAGGCUGUAGCCGCGCCGCCUGACCUCAUCGAUGCCCACCAUCACCAGGGCCUGUGCCUGUCCGCAGGGGAGCAUCCCUCGAACCAUGACGACGGCGUUUGCAGUGACCCUGAGUGUGAGGAGCAUCCCUGCAUAGCAAACAGGACCUAUGAAAUUUUGGAGAGCCAGGACGAGGACAGCUGCUCUGAGCAUAGCUCUUCCACAUCCACGUCAACCAAUCAAAAGGAAGGAAAAUACUGUGACUGCUGUUACUGUGAAUUCUUCGGUCAUGGAGGGCCCCCAGCAGCCCCCACCAGUAGGAACUAUGCGGAGAUGCGGGAAAAGCUGCGCUUGCGGCUCACCAAGCGCAAGGAGGAGCAGCCGCCAAAGAAAGAGGAGCUGCAGCCAGAGCCGGACGUGGUGGUAGCCGACGACCGCAAAGUCGAGGACCUGCUGCAGUUCAUCAACAGCGGAGACAACAAGCCGGCCAGCAGCUCCAAGGCGGCCAAGCGUGCGCGACACAAGCAGAAAAAGCUUGAGAAGGCUCGUCUGGAGGUGGAGGCCCGCAAGCGCGAGGAGCUGGCCCUGAAACAGGAGCUGCUUCACCUGCGGGAGCUGCAACAACAGCAGCAGCAGCAGCAGCAGCAGUUGCGCGCCACCCGGAAGAAGAAGAAGGACAAGAAGGCCUCCGAGGCCUUUGUAGCCGACGAAGACGACGCUGCUUCUGCUGCUGCUGCUGCUGGCGGAGACACGACUCCCAGUCCUCCUCCUCCACCCGCUCCCCAGCCAGCUCCACAGCACCAGAACAGUCCUCAGCCGCUCAGGCAGACGGCACAGAGCGUGCUGGAGAGGAGCAUGAGCAGCAAGGCCAUGUUGCUGCACGGUAUAAUGGGCCUGGGCCAGUGGGAUGUUCAGCCAGACAACGUGCCCAGCGCCCACGCUCACCACCGCAGUCCUCCUAGCAUGCAGUCCCGUACGCCUGCUCGGCACAACUCCAAAAGUGAGAAGGCCAGGGCUCCCUCAGAACACCUUCACAAUGGCAUCAUUAGAGAAACCAUGGAAAACUGCACUCCAUCACCACCACCACCACCACCACCACCAACAACAACAACAACAGCAGCGAAAGCUGUCAGCACUUCCCCUCGGCCCGAGUCCAUCAAUGACAAGGCUGUAGCCAGACGACAGCCGAGCAACUGUAGGAUCCACGGUGAAACCACAAAGAGGCCAGCCGAGGCUUUGAAAGCUGUUUGUUUGAAUGGGCAGGCGCCUGCCUUCGACAUGGAUUCCCGAGCAAAGCCCUGCGUCACUCCGCAGUCAGCUCCCGGGCUGCAGGGGGUAGAGAGGAGCAAUGACGUGACUGUAAAGAAACAGAUCAACUCUGUAAAAGGGGGUCGUUCUUCGCCUGUGCCUGUGCCUGCAUCCCCUCCUGAGCCCCUUGUGCAGAAUGGGAAACCACCUGGAAAUGAGUCUCAGCAACCCAAGGGCAAGACUAAGAAGAACAAAAAGAAAAAAUCUGAUCACGGAAACGGCUCCAUAGAUGAUGUCUUUCUACCCAAAGAUAUCGAUCUAGAAAGCGUAGAGAUGGAUGAGACGGAACGGGAAGUGGAGUACUUCAAAAGAUUCUGCUUAGAUUCUGCUCGACAGACGAGGCAGCGGCUAUCAAUUAACUGGUCCAACUUUAGCUUCAAGAAGGCCACCUUUGCUGCACACUGACGGGGUGACACUUAAAAUAAACUGUUUCAGGAACUCAAUCAGCUUUUCCUUCUUCCACCACGCUCCAGGCUGACUGCUGACAACCCCCCCCCCCUCCCACUGCUGCUAUGCUCCACCAAUCAACUGCUCCUCUGAAAUACAUAUCCCAUGCUGCCUUGCCUUGUUGUUGCUGUGUGGUUCCUACUAAGAACCAAAAUGGCCUAAUGUUUCAUGUAGUACUUUGUACUUUUGGGAGGGGAAAUGACGAUGGGAAGAAAAUCGACUGCUGUUUAUUUUUAUUUAUUUGAAUAAUUUCGUUAGUUUGAUCUAUUAAAUAUUUCUAUUGUGAACAUUUGUUUUAUUUUGAUCCCCUUCCUCCCUUAUUUUGAUUCGCGUUACUUGCUUCAGAGUCUGUGAGAGGGGUAUUUCACACUGACUGACUGAAGCUGUGCUUUUGUUUUGGUUUUUGUUUUUAUUUUAUUUUAUUUUCCUAUUUUCUGAAAAUGAUUAAUAUAUGUUUGGAAUAAGGCCUUGUUGAAAAGAGCAAAUACAUAUUAUUUAAAAGAAAAGAAUUCUGUUCAGUAUUGCUGUGGCUUCUAUCGCACUUCCACCCAGGACCUCAGUUCCUACAAGUAGAGGACAAGGAACUGGGCCUGUCCAGGUUCCCCAUAGCCUCUGUCACUCAGUUUCACUAUGUACAAAAGAGAGAAUACUUCUAAGUUGUGAAGAAAAUGUCUCGGAUUAAGAUUUUUUUUUCCUGUUUUCUCAAUUGCCGCCAGCUUGUAUCGAAGUACUUAGAGAACCAAUCUGAUGGGGGAAAGGAAACAAUACUCCACUAUCACUGUUAUAGUGUCAAUUGUAUUAACACUGAGGCCAGGACUGCCUACUCUUUUAACAUAUUGUUAAGUAAUAAUAAAGUGUUGUCUUUCUUUUUUGAAAGAUGGAAUACAGUAGUAUGGCA